AGCGGAUCAGUGAUUCGUGACGCACAGUCUCAGCUCAAUCCAUAGCUUCAGCCAUUCCAACUGGCUUCAUUGUUCUCACAGAUUUGCCUUCGAUGCCACGUGCUUGUCCGGUCCCCGUCGUGUGCUCGUCUUCUUCGGCCUCAUAUGCCAAACCUGUCCCUCCCUUCGCACCUUAGCCCCCCGUCGCUGGCAGCUGUGAUUCAGUGGUACUCCUUCUGAAACCCUAAUGUCAAGCAAGGGAUCAUUCAGUUGGAGCUCCACACCUGGCGAACAAAUUUAUUAAUUGAAGUUACUGCAGUUUCGAUUUGGCAUUCAGAGUUCGAAUUUUUAUCUUUUGCAUUGUUAACGAAGAAAAAUGAUGGACUCUGAGGACCAGGGCGUUGAGGAAGCUCAUCUCUAUGCUUCCAAGGAAGAAAUGGAAAAUCUUGUCCUGGAUGAUCCUUUAAGCAGCAAAUCGUACUCGAAUUACCGUAGUGCCGUGUCAACACUCUCCGACAACCAGCACCCACUCUCGCCGUCGAUCGCGGUGACCCCAGCAGACUCCGAUCCUCUGCUAGCCCCGCCACAUUAUGGCGAAUUUGGGAACCCUAGUGCCCCUGAUAAUUCUUACAUUGACCCGCCUUCGUAUGGUGAUGCGAUUUUUAGCCCUUUCAAUGAGAAUAACGGUAAUGAUGUCAACGUCGUUGAUAGUCCCAGCCAAAGUUCGGGCAGUUCGCCGAGUUUCUCCAGAUCGUCUUCCGGCUCAGAAUAUUUGAAAAUCACCGUGUCCAACCCGGUUAAGGAGCAAGAAACCUCGAAUUCGUUUGUGCCGGGCAGCAAUACUUAUGUCACCUACUUGAUUACGACGAGAACGAACAUUCCAGACUUCGGUGCAUCAGAAUUUAGUGUGAGGAGAAGGUUUAGAGAUAUAGUGACGCUAUCUGAUCGGUUGGCGGAGUCAUAUAGAGGGUUUUUUAUACCACCAAGGCCCGACAAGAGUAUAGUGGAGAGCCAGGUGAUGCAAAAACAAGAAUUUGUGGAGCAAAGGAGGGUGGCAUUGGAGAAGUACUUGCGCAGAUUGGCUGCACACCCGGUGAUAAUGAAAAGCGACGAGUUCAAGGCGUUCUUGCAGGUUCAGGGAAAGCUUCCGCUACCCACGACAACGGAUGUAACGUCAAGGGUGCUUGACGGGGCGGCGAAGCUUCCGAAACAGUUGUUGGGUGAUAGUGUAAUUGCACCUAAUGAGGUUGUGCAGCCAGCGAAAGGGGGAAGAGAUUUCAUGAGGUUGUUGAAGGAGUUCAAACAGUCCAUGGUGAAUGAUUGGGGAAGUUCUAAGCCACCGGUAGCGGAGGAGGACAAGGAAUUCUUGGAAAAGAAGGAAAAGCUCCAAGAGCUCGAGCUGCAAAUCGCCAAUGCAUCUCGACAGGCAGAAUCACUUGUCAAAUCUCAGCAAGAUAUGGGCGAAACAAUGGGAGAAUUAGGACUGGCAUUCAUUAAAUUGACAAAAUUUGAGAAUGAAGAGGCUGUCUUGAACAGUCAGAGAGUAAGAGCUACUGACAUGAAAAGUUUGGCAACGGGUGCUGUCAAGGCUAGCAGAUUUCAUCGAGAAUUGAAUGCUCAAACUGUGAAGCAUUUGGACACACUUCAUGAAUAUCUCGGGUUAAUGCUGGCUGUCCACGGUGCAUUCUCAGAUCGCUCAAGUGCACUAUUGACUGUGCAGACUCUUAUAUCAGAGCUAUCUUCAUUGCAGUCAAGGGCUGAAAAACUUGAAGCAGCGUCAUCAAAAAUUUUUGGAGGUGAUAAAUCAAGAAUUAGCAAGUUAGAGGAGCUAAAAGAAACCAUAAGAAUCACUGAGGAUGCCCAACAUGUUGCAACUAGAGAAUAUGAGCGGAUCAAGGAAAAUAAUAGGACGGAGCUUGAAAGACUUGACAGAGAGAGGCAAGCUGACUUUUUAAACAUGUUGAAAGGGUUCGUAGUUAAUCAGGUUGGAUAUGCUGAGAAAAUUGCAGAUGUCUGGACGAAAGUGGCCGAGGAUACCAGUAGAUAUGUGAAUGAUGAUAGCACUUGAUCAAAGUGGCUGUGAAUUCUAAUCUCUGCUUUUCUAUCUUUUCUUUUCUUUUCCCCCCAUAUUCAUGUGCACCGUCACAAAAUAGGUUCACAAUCAUGACAAUAAACUAAAGGAAGCACAUAUUUAGGCUUCUGGGCUUGUGUUUAUUCAACUUGCAUCUCGUAGUACUUUUUUUUUUGUUUACUUGAUGCUGUAAAUUGGACGCGUUCGACUCCACCUAGCCUAAAACUCGUACAUGAUGUUGUGGCCAGGCCUAAUUUGCUUGAGUUUGUAGAGGGAUCUAUUUUUUCAACGUCACACCCCCUACCCUUGCCAUGAUUCCUUUUCAUUGAUCAAGGAUUAAUGGAUGACUGAAGUUGAAUUUUGAGA